UUAGUUACAUAACCACACAUAAAAGUGAGGUUAUAUUUACUUGGAAACGUCAGUUCACUCAAAAUAUACGUGAUAUUUGGACUGUCAAGUCAUGGGCAAUCAAAUAAGUCAAAAUGUGGAGGCUGCAUCGACAGCCACAGCCAAGUCAAAUGAAGAACCUAAAAAAUUAAAGGCGUGUUGUGCCUGCCCGGAAACCAAAAAAGUUAGGGAUGCUUGCAUCAUCGAAAAUGGGGAAGAAAACUGUCAACACUUAAUCGAAGCUCAUAAAAAGUGUAUGAGGGAUUUAGGCUUUAAUAUAUAAACAAUACAUAAUUGAUAUUAUAAUGUUCGUAAUUAAGUAAUGUUUAAUGUUGAACUAGUCGUAGGAUAUUUUACCAAAAUUUCAUCAUGUGAAUUGGUAAAACUGUAAAUAAAAAACAUAACC